AAUGAAUUAUAUUUCGUAGAUGGCGUUCACAUCUAUAAAAAAAUACCAUAUUACACUUGCGAUGUGGGAGAAACAACCCAAGCCACCUAAAUUCGGAACCAACGUUGCAGGUAUCUUAUGUAUGGUACUGGUUGUAAUGAUUGCUAUAUCAGAAAGCGAAUCUAUGUCUCUUAAUGAGCAUAGCUCGGAUGAUGAAAUUGAGGACGAGAUUGUCGAGAGAUUUGAAAGAGCUGCCGGUAAGGACCAUAAACAUCACAAAAAACAUCACCAUAAGCAUGACAAAAAUAAGAAAAAUCACCACAAACCAAAGAAUGGCACUGUGUCUGACAAUUCAAAUAAGACAGAAUCCAUGUACGCAAACAAGAAGACUGACGUAAAUGAGAAGGCUAAAGUGACCGGAAUGAAGUCGCAAAAGCCAGGCAAGCACGCCCGUGUGAAGGCCGUAGAGGUGGCGGACGAGGGGUCCAAGACGGGGGUGAUCGUCGCUGUCGUUCUCGUCCUCAUCACAGUUCUCGGGGUCGGCGCGGCGGUGUUUAUUGUAAAAAAGAAAAGAGCUCAAGGAAAAUCCUAACUCAGCAUCCAGUGGUCUGUUCUGAUGUUUUUUUGUUUUUUUUUUACAGUUGUGUUAACUCUAUGGAAUAAACAUUUUACGAAAUAGAUAUUAAAGUCUUUU